AUGCUCUACGACACUGUGAUUCAUAAUGGUCUGAUUGUUACAAGUUCUGAAAUAUUACCUACUUCAACGUAUAUUGGUAUUAAAGAUGGGAAAAUAUCCAAGAUUUCCAAUACUCCAUUAGAUGGUGAUAAAGUUAUAAAUUGUAAUGGUGCUCAUGUUACACCAGGUGGUAUUGAUCCUCAUGUUCAUUUAGAAGAACCAAAAUCUAUAUAUUCAGACACUUUCCAACAUGCUACAAAAAUUGCAAUUAGAGGUGGUACAACAACUGUUAUAUCAUUUUCUUUACAAAAUGAUCAAGAUAAUGAAGAAAAUUCAUCAAUUAUUCAAGAUACAUUUGAAUACUUGGAAAACGCUAGGGGAAAUUGUUAUUGUGAUUAUGGAUUUCAUUUAAUUGUUAGAAAUCCAACAACUCCAUUGAUUAAAUCAUUACCAAAAUUAGUUGAAUUAGGAUUAACUUCAUGUAAAGUUUAUACAACUUAUGAUUCCAUGAAACUUACAGAUCAUCAAAUAUUAACCAUAAUGCUUGAAUCAAGGAAAUUGGGUAUUACACAAAUGAUUCAUGCUGAAAAUUCUGAUAUUAUACAAUUUUUGAAUGAGAAAUUAGAAUCUAAAAACUUAUUAGACCCUUAUUAUCAUGCAGUUUCAAGACCUAAUGAAGCAGAAGAUGAAGCAACGUAUAGAGUAAUCCAAUUAUCCAAGAUUAUAAACAUCCCACUUUUGAUUGUUCAUAUGUCCUCCAAAAUUGCUUUAGAUCAUGUUCAAAAUGCUCAAAAUGAAUCAUUACCAAUAUUUGCAGAAACUUGUCCACAAUAUUUAUUUCUAACGAAUAAUUUAAUGAAAACUUGUCAUAAUCAUAGUCAUCACCACCAAAUAAAGGAUUCAUUCCAAGGUGCAAAAUAUAUAUGUUCACCACCAUUAAGAGAUACACAACAAGAUUUAGAAUCUGUUUGGAAAUCUUUAAUAAAUGGUACCAUAACAAUAUUUGCUAGUGAUCAUGCACCAUCGAAUUAUGAUGAUCUCAAGGGGAAAAAACUUGGAUUAGGUGAUUAUAAAAAAAUCCCUAAUGGUCUUUCAGGUGUUGAAACUAGAUUACCAUUACUUUGGAGUCAUGGUGUUUCCAACCAAAGAAUAUCACCAAUAAAAUUCGUUCAAUUAACAAGUACAAAUGUUGCGAAACUUUAUGGGUUAGAUGGUAUUAAAGGUGAUGUUAAAGUUGGAUAUGAUGCUGAUUUAGUUAUAUGGCAUAAUGAAGAUGAAUUGAAUUAUGAAUUAAAGAAUGAAGAUUUAGGUCAUGAGUUUGAUUAUACUGCUUUUGAAGGGAUAAAGAUCAAAAAUUGGCCUAAAAUAACAAUAAUUAGAGGUGAAGUUGUUUAUAAAAAUGAUGAAAUUUUGGUUGAGAAAGGGUAUGGAAAUUUUUUGAAAAGAGGGAAAAGUAAUAUGACUGGUGAAUUGAGAGAAUUAAACCCAAUCUUAAGUUGA